AAGUUCAACAGACCCGUCUUCGCAACAACUUAUAAUGAGAUCAAAAGUGAAAAAAGAAUGUCUGACCUUUUGAUAUCCGAAAAUCAUUCAGAACGCAUACUUUACGAUAUCGAAGUAGCUGCUACCUGGAAGCCCGAUGAUGAAUUAACCGUUCAUGAGCCCGAUUCUCGAAUCAACACAUACGCUAAGGAAGAUCCGUCUUACGCACAGUUUCCAAGACGUGUCUUCAAACAAGUAACACACCGUUUGAAACGUAGCUUAGAAGGGCUCGUAAUUUCUACAACUGUUCCACCUGCUCUUCUACAAGAACGCCCUAAAGUAACGAGCGAAUGGCUAAUGCAAUUGUCCCCAGACGGAAAAUAUCUUGCGGUCUUGCAAGAACACAAGAUCGAAAUUCGAACUAGUGAAAGUGGGUUUGAAAAAAAUUACGUCAUUUAUAAUUCAAAGCGGGACGCUUUUUCCAAGUGGAGACGUCUCGCUUGGAGCUUAGAUUCUAAAAUUAUAGCUGCUACAAGAAGUGACGGGUCAAUUGAAAUCAUCAAUGAAGAUGGGCAAUUGGUCUGUAUGAUCAUUUCUAGCUCCAAUAUUAAUUCAGAUGUAGAAAAUGAUCCCCAAGCUGGUCAAAGCUUUUUUCUCGAGCCAGUGGCUUUUAUAUCCUUUGUGGAUCCCAAAUGUGGGUCAAAUAAACCAUUAUAUUAUGAAGGCCAUAUUUACCAAUACGAAUUGAUUGUUAUCACUUAUGAUGGUGUCCUUCGUAGUUAUUUACUUAAUACUAUUGAAUCUGUUACUACUUUGAAUAGUAAUGAAACUAUAUCACGGCGAGCAAAAGUUAAUAUUACUUAUUCACGCGAAGGAUCUUCUGAUCCAGGAUACUUUGCUUUUUAUCACAAAUUUUCUUUUAAACAAUGGCUUUCUACAGUUGUUUGUGGCUCUGUAAUUACUCUGAAUGGAUUAUUACUUUGUUUAGGUGGAAAGCCUAACAAUGAAAAUGAAGAUGCAUUAACUUUACCUUCUGUUGUAUGUUGGAUGCUAUUACCGGAUCGUCCUUUUUAUCGUAAACUCGAGUUAGAAGGAAUGGUAGACGAAUCUAUAGAUGGUAUAUCAGAUUUAAAUCAGGGAUCCGUUGAUGAUAUCGGAUUCUUUUCUAGAUUAAAAAAUGUGUUUGCAACUUGGCGUAAAGUAAAUAAAAGUUUCACCGACGAAAUCGUUUAUAGUAUGAUCCCGUCGCCUGAUAAUCAAUAUCUAUUAACUUUAGAUUUUUCUGGAACAGUCAGCCUUUGGAAAAUUUCUACAUCCAAAAGUGUUGUAAUUGAUCAGUCAUGGGAUCAAUCUCACUUAAAUUACUUUGCUAGAGGAAAGGAAUACAAAAAUUUAUCUUUUGAGAAAUUUCAGGAUAAAAUUUUUGAAAUUGAGAAUGAUAGCGGUGAUGUAUCUGGAAUCCCCGGAUUGGAAAAUGGAAAAGUUUUGUCGAUAGGAUGGUGGGCCAAUAAUGCUUUGAUCCUAGGAUUUCAAAAUGGUUCAGUUAUUAUUGCUAGUCUCCCAGAUAUGCGUAAUAUAUUAGGCGACUCUCCUGAAAAUUUUAAAUCUUGCUAUGAGAUCACCUGCCAAUGUAAUAACUGUUUUUUAGUUAUUGAACAUGAGGUCAAAUCAAUCAGAGCUCGUGUUCAUGGCGGUAACAUAAUAUCAUAUUCAAGAGCACAAGAAGAGGAUGAGAUGGAAGAUGAUGAAUUUGAAGAUUCCACGUCACAAAUGAGUAGAUUGAUAUCUGCAAUUACAAAUUCCUUGCAUUAUGUAGCGGAUACAUUUUUGUGGCAUUUUGAAAAUGAUUUUUCAACUAUACGUGGUAGAUUUAUCACAAUAUCAAAAAGGACAUUUCAACUUAAUCGUAUAUGUAAAAUCUUGCCUCAGGAUUUACUCGAACGCAAAAUCAGCGCUCUUGAAUAUGAUGAUGCGUUGGUAAUUGCCAAAACAUAUGACCUUGACACAGAUAUAAUAUAUCAAGCCCGUUGGAAAGAUGCAGAGGUCUCUGAAACAGCUAUUCACGAUUACCUUGAUAAAAUUCAUGACAAAGAAUGGGUGUUAGCUGCUUGUUUCAAGAGAAUAACCAAAAAUCCUCAAAUAAUCCGACUUUUAUUAUGCUACGGAUUGGACCAUACAGAUAUUCUAGAUGAAAUUUUAGACAACGAUAAUGUUUCCGCUACUGAUAAUUUGAUCAAAAAAAAAUUGCGAGAAAAUCCUUUGGAAGUCGAUUCAGACGUUCAAAAAUUUCUGAACAAUAUUGAAUUGUCAGAAAUACAAAAAACCUUUUGCAGAUGCCGGUAUUAUUUCCUAAAGUAUUUAGAUAGGUUAUGUACGUAUGAACGAAUUGUGGAAGAGAAAACUAGACGAGAUAUUGAAAAUGGGUCCAUGGACUCAUCGGAAGAAAAUGGGGGUUGGAUCACAUUCAUAGACUAUAAUGCGACAUUUGCUGAGGAUUAUGAAAUAUUUCGUGAAGUACAUAUCGCCGCACAAGCAAUGGAUUUCGCAGCUGAUGAGUUCUUCGAUGGUUUGAGUAUUCUGUUUACACGUCAUGGGGACGAGAUGUUACCUUACCGGUUUACCAUUCUUGAACAAAUACCUGAGACAGCUGAUCCUGAUGACUAUGAAUCCUUUUUACCAAGAGUUGGUUUAAAUGAUGGUGCCGAACUCUCAGAAUGUUUAUGGCAUCAAGAACCAUGGAGAGUUUAUGAUUGGGUUGAAAAUCCUAUAUUAAAGAAACAAAUACUACAGGAAGAGCCAGAGGAAUGGGACUUUGAUGGGAUUUUAAUGAAAUCAGUUCCAUAUCCUGCUUCCUCUUCUUACAUAACUCAAUGGUAUAUUGAUCGAGCACACAAAAUUGACAAUUCUUCGGGACAA